AGAUAUUUACUAUUUUUUAAAAUGAAAAAAAUGUUCAAAUUAAGACAGGCAACGAAACAUAGAUAACUGCCACAACUUCAUCGGUUCUGUACCGUGUUCCAAUUUCCAACGCUAACAAAAAUCACUCUCCUCUCAAACUUGACAUGAGUUUUAGUAUGAGCUACUGCAACAAUUACGGUCUUCGCCUUCAAUCUUGCAGAAUUGAAAACUCUAAUCUCAACCGUCAUACUCACCAUGGCAGGUAUAUUGUUCCCACCAGUACGAUUAAAAAACCAACUGAACAUGAAAAUUGUCUUGAGUCAAAGUGGAAGAUUGAUGGCAAUAGUAUCAUGACACUCAUUGGUGGCAUGACAGUGGCACAGUUGGUUGCUCCAGUCACCGCAAAAGCUGAAAUGGUAGGUUCUGUUUUUGCUUUGGCUGAUGGAAGUGUCGGCGACUGGUUUGGAGGCAUUUUAUUUUCAGCGGGACAACAGGCCAAUGAAGCAGUUCUGGACCAACUAUCUUCCCUCAGUUUCACUAGUUUGGCUGUAAUUUAUGGGGCAGGACUUGUAACCAGCCUUUCUCCCUGUACACUUAGUGUGUUACCACUGACUCUCGGUUACAUUGGAGCAUUUGGCUCUGGUAAAAGCAGAGCAGAGGUCAUUGGAGAUUCCGUAGCAUUUUCCUUGGGUCUUGCAACCACAUUAGCACUGCUGGGUGUAGGAGCAUCAUUUGCAGGAAAGGCUUAUGGACAGAUUGGCCAAGGAUUACCUUUGGCUGCUUCUGGUUUGGCUGUAAUUAUGGGUCUCAACCUUCUCGAGAUCAUUGAAUUACAGCUCCCCUCAUUUUUUGACAGUUUUGAUCCACGUUCAGUGGCCGCCAAUUUUCCAUCAAGUGUUCAAGCAUACUUAGCUGGGCUUACAUUUGCAUUAGCUGCCUCACCCUGCAGUACACCUGUUCUGGCUACCCUUCUUGGAUAUGUCGCUGCAUCCAAGAAUCCAGUGAUUGGAGGUAGCUUGCUUUUGACUUACACAACGGGAUACAUUUCUCCCUUACUUUUGGCUGCUUCUUUCGCUGGGGCGUUACAGAGCUUGCUUUCAUUUCGCAAGUACUCGUCGUGGAUCAAUCCUAUAAGCGGAGCAAUGCUGCUAGGAGGUGGUGUAUAUACUUUCCUAGAUAGGCUCUUCCCAGCCACAAUGGCAAUGUAGAAAACCUCAUGGCUCUUUUAACAUAUAGUGUGAUCUUUCACUUGAAAUAGUUAAAUGUGAAUAUUAUAUGUUUUCCUCAAAAAAAAUUGUAUAUUAUUAUAUCAUACAUCUGUUUAUUACUCUUAAAAGAUAAAUUAAAAUGAGAGGGAAUCUUUCCUCUUGACUCUCAUAGUUUCAAUACUCUGAUGCUUUUGGAUGAUGUAAAUUUCAUGAAGAGGUGUGACUUUUGAAGUG